GCUCGAAAUUCAAAAAACCAACAAUCUACUUCUAAAUCUAGAUUUAACUUAAACACAGGGGCCAGCAAAUAAUACCGUACUUGUUAAUCAAAAGUAAAACCUGUUAAGCUGACAGUAUGUGGACUGGCUGCGAUUUGAAUUGAUUCUUAGCGCCGACCCACUCAUAGCAGUUGAAUAAUUGGAUUAGGCCAAGUGAAGGUGGCGGCUUUUUACUUUUAGUUUCUUCUGCUCUAACAGCAUAGUUGAAUUUCGUCAUCAAACGUUAGCGUCACGGAAUGGGCAUGCAUUUUCAAAAAAUACUUUGUGUGGGUGCCAUUGUCAUAGGCCUUAUAGCGGGUUUGGUAAUGCUCGUCUGCCACUUGCUGCAAGAUUCUAUACCCAAUGUGUUGGCCACUAACGAGAGGGAAUACGCUUUUGACUAUGUGAUAGUUGGCGCUGGAACUGCUGGAGCUACUUUAACUUCGCUUCUAAGCAAACACAGCAAUGGAAGCGUGCUGCUUAUCGAGGCAGGCGGCUCUUUUGGUUUCUUGAGUCGUAUACCCCUACUUACAACGUUUCAGCAGAAGGGCAUCAAUGAUUGGUCAUUUCUCUCGGCUCCGCAAAAAUACUCUUCCAAGGGCUUGCUGGACCAGCGACAGUGUCUGCCACGAGGAAAAGGUCUGGGCGGCUCGGCCAACCUGAACUAUAUGCUGCAUUUCGAUGGAUCUCCGGCAGACUUUGACUCCUGGCAUCAACUGCAUAAUUUAAGCGACUGGAACUGGCAACACAUGCGUUCCUUUAUGGUCGCCGCAAGGCCAAAACCGACAGAGCUUUAUGAAAUACCAGCCAGCUACUCUGCGUUGACAGAAGCUUUGGGAACAGCAGAGUCUGAGUUUGGACACAAGCCUUGGAAAUUUCGACGCACGACUUAUAAUAUAAAGAACGGCCUGAGACAUUCGGUUUUACAACAAUAUCUACUGCCUGUGCUCAAAAAUCUGAAUCUGCGAUUGCUGCCAGAGGCGCUAGUGAAGCGCAUAAAUCUAGCUAAGAAAUCAAAGCUAGCCAGUUCCGUUUUAGUGGGCCUUAAAGAUGAGCACAAUAAGGAAAUUGAAUUUAAGAUUAAAGUGCGACGUGAGCUUAUACUAUGUGCGGGCGCCUAUCAGACACCACAGCUGCUUCUAACUUCGGGUAUUGGAGAUAAAUCGACGCUGGCGCAGCUGCAGCUUCCAGUGCAACAUAAAUUGCCUUUGGUGGGUCAAGGAUUACACGAUCAUCUCAAUGUGGCAUUGUUUGUCUCCAUGGGUGUCGUAGGACCUUCGCUUAACCAACGCGCUCUACUAAGUCCUAUGAAUCUUUUAAAUUACUUAAGCAGCGGCACUGGCGCCUUUGGUAAUUUUGGUGUAGUUGGACAUAUAAGUAACUUUGAAGAGCCACUGCCCUUUGGCAUUACCUUUUUUGGCGCUGGCGCUAUAGAUGAAAGUUCGCUCAUGUCUAUCUCCAAUUUUAAACGAGCUGCUUUCCGUGCGUUAUUUCCACGUUAUUAUAAUGCUACGCAAGAGGGCUUUGUAGUCAUCUCCAGCUGUCUGCAACCCAAAUCUAGAGGAACUGUGACGUUGCUGCAUAAAAGUAUGCGAAGGAAUCCUCUAAUUGAUCCAAACUAUUUAAGUCAGCAACAAGAUGUGGCAUGCAAUAUUGCAGCUAUACGAAAUGCAGUUGCUGUAGUUACCUCUGCCGCAUUUGCUUCACUGCAGCCACGCAUACAUUGGCCCAAGCUGCAAGAAUGCGCAAACUUUGGUCCAUUUGAAAGAGACUUUAGUGAGAACCAACCUUCUGAUGAUUAUCUAGAAUGUGUUAUGCGACAUAUAGGUCUGGGCUCGCAUCAUCCUGGUGGCACUUGCGCUUUAGGCAGCGUUGUGGACUCACAGCUACGUUUAAAAGGUUUAACAAAUAUACGCGUUGUCGAUGCCAGUGUGCUGCCUCGGCCUAUAUCUGGCAAUCCCAAUACUGCGAUUGCAGCUAUAGCCAUGCGUGCAGCGAGCUGGAUUCUUAAAAACGAACUACAAGACGCAACAGUUGCUUGAGCUAGUUUUCUAAGUUGCC